ACCCACAAGGUGACUUUUAAAAGGGGAAUUCACGAGACAACAACGUCGCAAUGACACCUGAGGAAUGGACCGCACCAUCGCCGGUUUAAACUACGUCGGGGAAUUGCACUGGCACAGACUGGAUCGUCACAUGCUAUUACUGGUUCAAGCUCAUGCGCGCGGAAAGGAGUGGGAAGCCGAAUAUAAGUAUAGCCUUGGUCCAUAUGGAAUGAAAUAUCUUGCUCUCUGGAGUGCACUCUCAUGUACAUUGCCGACCUCCCCAGUUAUGCGGCCUUGUCCAAUGACUCGCCGCAUACUCCCUCCUAUACUCCCGCACCCCAAGCGCAUGAACGUCGCUUAGCCCUGAAUGAUCGUGUGCGGGCGGGACCCUCAGGGGAGUUUGUGAAACAGACAAAGAAAGGGGAUGUGAGCCUGCGGCUUGCGCGCCAGGAUGACAAUGCCGCUUUCCCCGUUUAUGGGUGUGGACCUCCUGUAGAAGGAACCGUCGAUAUCGUCAAAACCGAUGGCAUCGCUAGCGUAGAAGUUAAGAUUGAAGGUGUUCUUAAACUUCAAGAGAUCGCGGAAGGCGGGAUGACCACACACAAUCUGUGUCUCAGCAGAGCCGUUCUUUGGGUGAAGGACAGGGACGGCGAUGUGCUAUGCCCUAAUACGCUGCCCUUCACCCUCUCUCUCCCUACUACUUUCUCCGAUGGUGGCAAGACCUACCCCCUUCCUCCUACUUACGAGUCACACUUAUCUGGCCUCCCCGGGUUCACAGCUACGAUCGAUUACAGUGUUAGUGCAUUUGUCAUGAAACCUAACCUGGUACCCAAUUUAGUGAAAUCGGCCUUAUUUGGAAGGGACGGAAACUGGUCUGUAUCCACUCCCCUAAUGUAUCGUCCCCGGUCUCGUCCUUCCGUGCCUUUGCCACGGCCCCUGAUAACGAACAACAUUGAUCGCGGUUUUGCUGUACAUCCCGGGUGGAAAAUGUUUCCAUCCUCUCUCAAAGCUAGGACUGAUGGGGGGAAAGACAUCAUCUCGAAGCUGUAUCUUCCUGCUUCUCGAAUAUUUGCCAUCGGCCAGCCUGUCCCAUUUCAUCUCACGUUCAACUCCUCAGCCAAUUCAUUAGCCGCCUUUUUACCUUAUGGCCCUAUAGCCAGUUUGUCACGGAAGAAGCAAUUUACUCGAAUACAACUGUUCAGGCAAACGACAGUAGAUGUUCGAAAUGCAAUCAUUUCAGGUACGAAGACCGAUAUCUGGCGGGUGGACUGCGUUGGCGACGGUAUAUUCAGGCAUGCUGGUGAUGGUCCUGAUUGGAUUUCUUACAGUGGUGAGAUAUGUAUUGACGAACAAGUGAAGAUCGGUGGUUUCAAAGCGGGAGGAUUUUCGAUCAAGGAUUGUGUGGUGCUCUCUAUGACCCCUCCCGAUGUUCUAAAGUCGCCUUUCAGGGAUUUUCGACAAGUAGUUCCUAUACGCAUUGCUACCGAUCCCUGGACGGAGGAUGGGGCUGGCGUAGGCACAUACACCGCUGUGUACCGAACGCCUUCAUCCUCCGAUGAUCACGAUGAUGCCCUCCACAUGGAUGACGAUCGUUUUACGCAGCAUCGUGUUUCCCGGUAGUGCACCGAGCACAAGGACUUUAGGCCGUAGGACAGUGAUGAUAUUUUUUUUUGGUAAUUGGCCUGGACGAUCUUAUUUUGCGGGCCUCAGCAGAUGCUAUGUCGUAGUUCCUCAUUGUGUCUGUAUCAACUAAAUCAUUUCGUUGUAGCCUAGGUCGAAAUAUAAUAACUGGUUAUCGACCAGCGAUUCACAAAUGCUCUUGUAUCACGUGAAAAUC